AUGAGGGGCAUGAUGACGCUGUCGCCGGCGGUCCUCGGACAGCCGAACCUGAUCUUCAAGACGCUGCUGAUCAUCUUCCAGCCCUGGGUGUUCUUCGGACUGGCGACGUUCGUCAUUUCGAUGGCCUCGCACAUGUUCGUCCUGUCCAAGGUCGAUCUGAGCUUUGCCUAUCCGUUCCUGUCGCUCGCCUAUGUGGCGGUGGCGGUUCUGGCCUGGCAGCUCUUCGGCGAGGAUCUGGGCGCCUACAAGAUCGCCGGCAUCGCUUUCAUCUGCGUCGGCACGGUCCUCGUCGAUCUCGCCGAACGCGGCGAAAAGGUACUGGUCGCCGACAUCAACAAAUCGGACCUGCCGCACUACGCCACCGUCGAUCACGUACACUGCGACGUGACCAAUUCGGCGUCCGUCUCCGGCGUGCCGGUCGAUGGCGACGACAUGGUCUACAACCUGUCGGCGAUGAUGCUGUCGCCGAUCCAGAAGCGCAUCGACCGCUAUCCGUUCUUCUAUCCGGUCAACACGUUCGGCGCCGCCAACAUCAUGGCGCACACCGCUGCAUCGGGCGCGUCCCAACUCGUCCAGUACACGACCGACAUGGUCUACGGCAAAACGGUCAAGACGCCGCAGGACGAGAGCCAUCCGAUAUCGCCGCUCGGCCAUUAUGGCGGUUCGAAAGCCGAGACCGAAGCGAUCGCCGACGAUUGGCGCAUGCGCGGCCUGAAGAUCACCAUCGUGCGGCCGCGCCUGAUCAUCGGGCCCGGGCGCCUCGGCAUUCUGGGCAAGCUGUUCAAGCUGAUCGACAUGAACCUGCCGGUGCCGAUGAUCGGCGCGGGCAAGAACCCCUACCAGUUCAUCUCGGUCUAUGACUGCGCCGAGGUGGCGCGCCUUGCCUGGGAACAUGGCGUGCCCAACAAGGCCUACAAUCUGGGGUCGGACAAUCCGCCUCCGGUCAGGAAGCUCUUGGGCGACCUGAUCCGCUCGGCCGGUUCGAAAUCCAUCCUGCUGCCGACGCCCGGCUUCGCCGUCAAAUGGACGCUUGCCGCGCUCGACCAACUGAACAUGCCGCUCAUGGACCCCGAGCAGUAUCUGAUCGCCGACGAAUACUGCGUGCGCGACACGGAGGCGGCCAAGCGCGAUUUUGGCUGGGCGCCGAAAUAUCGCGACGAGGACAUGUUGCAGGCGGCCUAUGCGGAAUACCGCAAGGCCAGGGACAGCGGCCUUGCGGUCGGCAAUUCGACCGUCGUGGCGGCAGAGUGA